AUGUUUGCGAAUGAAACUCUCAAAGUCCUUAAUCACUAUCGCGCGAAAAGAUACAGCUCCAACCUCACUCCAGUGCAAAAACGUGGUAUGCGAGAGGUACGAGACCUGAUAAAGUUGAAAACUAUAAGACUUUCCGUUAGUGAUAAGGGUGGAGAGGUUGUCGCAAUUCCUUAUCAGUUAGAUGUAGAGAUAACGAAAAAGCAUCUUGAAGAUGCUUCGCUUUAUCGCCCAUCAUCUGAGGAGGAAUUCAAAAGUAAAUACCGAAAACUAAACCACGAAUGGGCCAGAAUGGCAAGGGCUGCUGGUUUGAAACCAUCAGUUAUCUCUCAACUUAAAGUUGCCUUACCAACAUGCCCCGUCUUGUACUUACUUAUAAAAACUCAUAAGUUAGUAUCCAGCGAUGAUCUUGCGUCUACCGAUCCAUCACUAUUUAAGGUUAGACCUAUCAUUAGCUGUGUAGACGGGCCAACGGACAGGAUAACAUGGUUUUUAACCCUAAUAUUUAACCAGUUGUUGAAACACAUUCCAGCCCAUCUUACGAAUACCCAGAUGCUUCUGGAUCGUCUACGUACUGCGCAGCCCAACAGCGCGUGCGUGAUGGAGUCCUUCGACGUUACCGCCCUUUAUACAAACGUGUCGAAUGACUCCGCAAUGCAAGCCAUAUUCGAACUCCUUAUACAACACGAAGGAGAAAUAAACAUGUAUGGCUUCAGGAUAGAGCACCUAUUUUUGUUGAGCAAACGCGAGGUGUUAUUGUUCUUUAUUCACGAAUAA